AUGGUCCAGGGCUUUGGUAGUGGUCCAGAGCUUGUAAUGGUCCAGGGCUUUGGUAGUGGUCCAGAGCUUGAGUGGGUGGAACCAGUCCGUGAGCUGUUACAAGAGUGGGUGGAACCAGUCCGCGAGCUGUUACAAGAGUGGGUGGAACCAGUCCGCGAGCUGUUACAAGAGUGGGUGGAACCAGUCCGUGAGCUGUUACAAGAGUGGGUGGAACCAGUCCAUGAGCUGUUACAAGAGUGGGUGGAACCAGUCCAUGAGCUGUUACAAGAGUGGGUGGAACCAGUCCGUGAGCUGGAGUGGGUGGAACCAGUCCGCGAGCUGUUACAAGAGUGGAUGGAACCAGUCCGCGAGCUGUUACAAGAGUGGGUGGAACCAGUCCGUGAGCUGUUACAAGAGUGGGUGGAACCAGUCCGCGAGCUGUUACAAGAGUGGAUGGAACCAGUCCGUGAGCUGUUACAAGAGUGGGUGGAACCAGUCCGCGAGCUGUUACAAGAGUGGGUGGAACCAGUCCGCGAGCUGUUACAAGAGUGGGUGGAACCAGUCCGCGAGCUGUUACAAGAGUGGGUGGAACCAGUCCGCGAGCUGUUACAAGAGUGGGUGGAACCAGUCCGCGAGCUGUUACAAGAGUG